CAUUUAUUUUUACACAAAUGUGUCAUUAGUUUAUAGGGAUGCAUUUUUAUUUUUUUAACAAACUUUCUGCCCUUUAUCACCCUCAAGCGAUAAUUCUUUUUUUUUAAUAUUUCCGAAUACGUCCCUGUCUAUUGCGACAAAAGCGUCCAGUUCCGUAAGAAUUUGCUGAAACAGCAUCGCGUUAUUUCAUUCUGUGUUGUAAUAAUGACGGGCGGCGUGUUUCGGUUUAUGAAUUUUACCGUGAAAAGAUUUGGGAAAAAGGUGGUUUUGUUGAACUAAAUGGUGGCUUCUGUGAAGUGUGCGUGUAUUUGAAUGUUUUCGAGGGAGAACGGAUGAUUUUAUUGCCUGUUUUCAAUGUCUCCGUCCCUGCCCCCAACGCCGACGUAACAGCCCGCUAUCGAUUGGACGAAUACAAUGAGGCAGUCGUCCAAUUCGGGCGCUUUUCCUCUAAUCUCGAGAAAAUCCCUGUGUGUUCUUCUGGGAAACAGUAGAAUGGGGCGUGUCGAUGAGGUUACACCGCACGCCGUUCCAAUUUUCUCCUAAAUAUUUGAGCGCAAAACAACAAUCCGCGACGAUGCACCUACCGAAGCCGUCACCGAGCAUAUCAUCAACCAGAACCAUCGAGAAGACCUGAUAAUAAUAUGUCCAAGGAAGCACAAUGGAAGUUCCUUUGAUCCAGUCGAGGACUCACAUGUCCAAAAUCGUCAUCAAAACCAACUACUCCACGAAGAAGCCGUCGACGAUGACACCACCGAAGAACUUCACGUAUCUGCCGGAGAACGCCACCUGGAGCAGCACGGAGAUCUACAAUCUGACCAACACCUCGGACUACGACUACGACUUCCAGACGUUCAACACGAGCGCAGGGGCGGAGGGGGAUUCCUGGGCCCUCUGCAAGGAGUGGACUCCGGCGCAGCACCCGCUUUUCCAGACGGCGAACUUCUUCUUCGCUGCCGCUUUCUUAGUGCCUAGUAGCUUUAAACAGAGCGUUCUCAUCGUCAGGGCUCUCCUGUCAAUUGGUUAUUUCUUCUUAACAGUUUGGGGAGGAGUAGAAGUCUGCGCCCCCGACAUCCUCCUCUGGAACUCUCUUCUCGUCAUCCUCAACCUAACACACACCGCCUUACUAGCCUGGAGAUUCCUUCCACCCACUCUCACCCUCGAGUUAACCGAUUUAUACAUGAAAGUCUUCAAGCCGCUGCGAGUAAGCCGCAAACACUUCAAAGAACUGGUCAAAGAAGCCAGAGUGAUGACGCUAGAGCGGGGAGACAUCUACGCAGUAGAGGAUGUCAGCCCGGCCGACGAAAGACUGUCUAUUUUGCUCAAAGGAAAACUGCGCGUAACUUGUGAUGACACACACCUGCAUUUCAUCAACGUUCACCAGUUCGUCGACUCCCCCGAAUGGGAGUCGAACCACGAACAAUCCGACGACGUUUUCCAAGUGACCAUCACCGCUGAAGAAGACAGUGUGUACUUAUGCUGGCCUCGGAUGAAGCUGGAGCGGGUCUUGAGGCACCGACCGGUGCUCAAAGUCAUCCUGGACUCCAUCAUAGGUAAAGACAUCACGCAGAAACUCUACGCCUUGAACGAGCAUUUAACCGGGCUAAGCGACGAGCGCAGCAGGGGCCGUAGGGACGAAAUUUGGGCCAAAGCCCACAACCGCAGCAUGUCCAUGGACGCCGUCAACACCGGCACCACCGGCCUGGUGCGCUCGCAGGCUUACAAGGUCUCCCACAGGAAGAGUUCGCUGAAUUCCACCGAAAUGGGGUCCCUCGGCAAGCUGCAGACCCAGUGCUGGGUGCCGCUGGUGGCCAACCAGUUCCCGGCGACGUCGCCCUUCAUGGGCCAGUCGAACCUGCGCAUCCCCGAGGUGCACUCCAACAAGCGCUCGUUGCGGCGGAAAGAGCGCGAGGUCAAGUUCGAGAAGCCAGCCAAAUGAGACUCUAGUGCGUGCGGGGUUGCAGAGGAAUUUUCACAUUCUGACGUUGGUAAUAGUGUUAAAAUUUACUCGAUGUUUGCGUUCGUUUUAUAACACGAAUCAGGCCUUAAUUUCGUGCACUCUCAUGCUAGAUAUCGAUCGUAUCUUUCUUUAUUCAAGAGUUGUUGAUUCAUAUAAGCUACAUGAAAUUGACCACAAAAUUGUGCCUUUGGUGCGCAUAAGGGAGACGUUCAGAGGUUAUGUUUCGGUUUAAGUGGAGUAUCAUCGUUUUACAGCACGCAUUCAUCUCGGAAAUAGCAAUCAAACCAGAUUAUUAUCAGUAAUUCCACAAAUUUGCCUUCCAAUCAAAAACUUCAAUUUUAACUGUAGCGGUUUAAGGGAGACUACCUAUAGGGUUUGCUACGAAUGUUUUAUAAACUGCUGUAAUAUAUUAUAUUAUAAAUGUUAGCGAUAUUUAUAUGUGUAUAUAUUUAUAUUUGUAUGUUUAUAUCUGUCGUGUUUAUAAGUUAUUAAUAAAAUUGUUUC